AAUUUCCUCACCAGGUGGUGUACGAUGUUUGGGUGAGUGUUGAGUGUUGCAGCCCGAACCCGAAUCGGCGAAUCAAGCGAAUCCGGUUCAUUUGUUUGACGUUUGAGUUUUCAGUUUCACAUAGUUUUCACUUUUCUACAUGAAGUUUGAAUUGUCACGAAUUGUUGUGGUGCUUUAUUUUAUUUUUACAGAUCUGACCUUUGUAGUUUGUCAUAGGUAAUAAUAGUUUAGUUCGAUUUUACGAUACUUCAUCAUCAUCAUCAUCAUCAUCAGUGAAGGUGAAAGCGAAAAUAGAGCAAAGUGCCAUAGUGCAUACUUACAUCUCGUGUUUCUUUGUAAUCGAAUCACCGAUCUUCAUUCCAUUCUCGACGUAGGUAGUUUCAAAUCGAUCUAACAUGCCCAAUCAUAGUACACGUCUUCCCGUUACUGAUGAAGUAUGCUUAACCGAUGUGAAUAUUAGAAAAACAACGUAUCUAUGGACAAUUAAGAAUUUCUCAUCGGUCCAUCAGAAAAGGAAAGAAAUCUUGAAAUCCUCACCGUUCUCGGCGGAUAACGAUGAAUUCAAAUGGCGUUUACAUCUUAAUCCGUAUGUCAUGGGUUCUGCGUAUGAUCCUAAUGUCGGUUAUUCGGUCCAAUCACAAUGUAUUUCGUUGUAUGCACAUGCCGCAGAUGAACUUUCAGAUUUUACAAAACACUGUCCCAUCACAGGAAAUGUGAAAUUUUCCAUAAUGAACUCUGAAAACAAGGAAACAAACGCUCAAAGCGUGGACUUUUCUGUAAACCAGACAGCCAGUAAUAAAGUCUACACCGCUGUUGGAUUUCAACAGUUCGUCAAAGAGAGUACGUUGGUUGCAGACAGGGACAAGUUAUUGCCGCAGGAUAAAUUGACAAUAUUAUGCGAAAUAUCUUACGUGAAAAAAACAGAUAUCGUAUGUAUUUCUGGUAAACAGUCAUCAGAUUCGCGUGAAAAACAAGAGCCAGCUACCUUGGACGGUAUUGAAACGUUGUUUAUGAGUAAAGAUUUCAGUGAUGUGACGCUAUCCGUUGAUAAAAAAGUAUACCCUGCACAUAAAAGCAUUCUCGUCGCUCGCAGCCCAGUUUUCAAAGCUAUGUUCAGUCACGAAAUGAAAGAGAAACAGUCCAACUGUAUCGAACUUCAAGACAUCACCUUUCCAGCUUUCAGGGAGAUGUUGCGGUACAUUUAUACGGGAAAAGUUCAGAACUUGUCGAUCCUGGCCGCUGAUUUGUUAGCUGCGGCUAACAAAUAUGAUCUGAAAAACCUGAAAGCUAUUUGCGAGAAUGAGCUGUGUGAAAAACUAUCUCAAAGUACUGCUGUGAGUACGUUGAUGUUGGCCGAUAUGCAUCACGCCGAAAAUUUGAAAAAACAGGCUCUUCUGUACAUGAAAAUGUAUUCGUAUACUUUAAGUAUGCUGUCGGAAGAAGAUCGCAAUACGUUGAUGAAAUCUUAUCCUCAUCUUCUAUUGGAAAUAAUCGAUACGUUUGGUGAAAAGAAUAAGACUUGAAUUGUCAGCUGGUGGUCUAUGUUUCUGUUUUUGGGUUCAUCCUCGUGUCAUGUUUAUUCGUAUUUUUAUACAAAAGUUAUAUUUGAUAAUCGAGUAGGUAGGCAUUUGUUUUUCGAGCAAUUUAAAUUAGGUUCGGAUUGAAUUAUUAUUAACGAAUUGUCUAUCAUUAAGUCAACAUAUCCAUGCAUUUAUCUAUUUUUUAUCCAUACUAUACUCCCAUGCACUUUUAUCUGUGCUUAUAAGAUUAAUUUCUGAUAUUCAUAUUUUGUUUCGUAAAUUUUUUUAAUUUUAGUUGGACUUGCAUUUAUACCUACUUAUGUUUUAUUUUCUAUUUUGAAGAUUUUUUCUCAUGAUUUUCUAAAACGUACUCACUUUAAUAAAACAUGGUAUUUUGCA